GCUGCUGCCAGGUCCAGAUUGUGUCAUGGGUCCCUGUACGGCCUCCCAUUGCUGCUGCCAGGCCUGUAAUCUGCCAUGGGCCCCUGUACCGACUCCUCAUGCUGCUGCCAGGCCCAGUGUGUCAUGGGUCCCUGUACGGCCUCCCAUUGCUGCUGUCUCUAUCGCCACACUCUGCCAUGUGCCACUUUCAGGUCUCCUCACACUGCUGGUGGUUUCCAUUUUUGUCAUAGGGUGCUGUAUGGCCUCCCAUUGCUGCUGCCCGUCCACCGCCACACUGUGGCUCCACACUCUGGUUUUGGCCCCAAUUCACCGAAUCAGUCGAAUCGAAUUU